AAUAAGGCAGGAUGCCAGUUAGGAAGGGUUAACUGGGCUUGCUGUAAGCAUUUUCCACAAUCCCAUGCCUUUGGGGUAGCUUUUCCUGUCCAAUAUCAGGUUUUGUGUGGUCUCUAUUCUUUGCUCACUGCAGGAGAAGAAAAGGAAUGUGUGGUUUGAAUGACACUAUCUGCUGAUGUGGAAGAACUGAGCAAAACGGCAUCUUGGAAUGAUCCAUUAAUGCAUUGUUAGAGUCCAUUGACAGCCAUUUCUUCUUCAUCAUGAGAAAGCAAUUGCCACUAGCAAUACUCCUAUCGUUUGUGAUGACAAAUGCCAUCAGUCUUGUGGAAAGUACUCAGCAGGAAAGACAGAGAUGUGAUGAGGAUACAGUGUUUACCACAAAAACUAAAUGUGGAGCUUGUUCUGUUAAUUAUAAAAUCCAGUGUCCUGAAGGUUAUAGCAAAAUUACCAAAGGCUCUGGGAGACGCGGCUGCAGAUACCAGUAUGAAAUCAGCUCUUUGUCUCUUUCUUUCAAUGGUUGCCAGCACACCUGUAUGCGAAAGUUUCAGCAGCCACAAUGUUGCGCAGGCUACUGGGGACAAGACUGCCUAGAGUGUCCAGGUGGGCCAUCGUCACCAUGCAGUAACAGAGGACAUUGUUUUCAGGGUAUUUGGGGGAAUGGAACCUGUGCUUGCCAGAAAGCAUUUGCUGGAACUGCCUGUGAAAAGUGUGCAGAAGACAAUGUUUUUGGACCUAAUUGUACUUCAGUAUGCAGCUGCAUUCACGGAAUAUGCAACAAUGGGCUUACUGGUGAUGGACAAUGCCUGUGUCUGUCUGGAUACAAAGGUCUUCAUUGUGAUCAACCAAUACCAGAAUGUGAAGCCUUACAAUGCCCAGAAUAUUCCAGAUGUUCUGUAUCAAGUGUGGACAAAAGCCAACUUGAAUGCAAGUGCCUUCCCAGUUACGAAGGUGAUGGCAAACAGUGUAAACCUAUCAAUCCAUGCUCCAAAAUGGUUUGUGAUCCUCAUGCUGAUUGCUUAUAUCUUGGACCCAAUCGUCAUAACUGUACAUGCCAAUAUGGAUAUGAAGGCGAUGGCCAAGUAUGCGUACCAAUAAAUCCUUGCCAAAAAAACUUUGGUAACUGCCCUAUAGAUUCUACCAUCUGUAAAUAUGAUGGCCCUGGAAAGUCUCAUUGUGAAUGCAAAGAACAUUUCAGGAACUUUGUACCUGGUCGAGGAUGCAGUAUGAAAGAUAUCUGUGCAACCAACAAUCCCUGCCAUAAGAAUGCAGUAUGUACAAUGACUGCACCAGGACAAACCCUGUGCACAUGCCAAAAGGGCUACGUAGGUGAUGGAUUUGUAUGCUAUGGAAACAUCAUGGAUCAAAUUAAAGAGAUGAAUAACGAACCUGGAGGAUAUUGGCAAGGAAGUCUAAUAUCUGCUAUAGAACUUUUUGAAAGUGCCUAUGAAUGGCCAUUGACUAGUUUGGGACCAUUUACAAUUCUUCUUCCAAUAAAUAAGGGGUUCAAUGGAAUCAAUAUUAAAGAACUUCUUUCUGAUAAAGACGGCACACAAUAUUUUGUCAAGCUUCAUAUUUUUGCUGGACAAAUCAGCCUGGAUGAGCAGAAUGUCACAAGAACGGUUUAUACGUUGACAGGCAAGCCAGCAGAUAUAUUCAAGGAUGAAACGGAAAAUACGCUAAGGAUCAGAAUACAGGGAGGUAAGAAGAAAGGUAAAAUCUUACAAGGGAAUAUUGCUGCUUCAAAUGGAAUUAUUCAUAUUAUCGACACAGCCUUGGACAACAUGGAACCUGCUUUUAAAAGUGACAAAGAGAAAUCUGUAAUGGCAAUCCUUCAAGACAAACCAAGAUUCUCCAGAUUUAGAUCCAUGGUAGAGAACACAUUCCUUGGGACAAUGUUGGAUAAACAUUCUGGCCCUAAUACAGUUUUCAUUCCAACCAAUGAUGCUUUGGAAAACUUGAAAGAGAACACUCUGGACUACUUGUCAACAAAUGAAGGUUCACGAAAGCUUCUUGAACUGAUUCAGUACCACAUUGUUUCUCAUACACAGCUGGAGGUUGCCAGCCUAAUCUCUAUAGGACACAUCAAGACUCUGGCUCAACAGUUCAUCUAUUUCAAUUUCACUGAAAAUGGUCAAGUGUUGGUCAAUGGAAAGAAAAUAGAAGAAGCUGACAUUGCUGCAAAAAAUGGCAGGAUUUAUACUCUUUCUGAUGUACUUAUACCUCCUUCAAUAAUUCCAAUUUUGCCACACAGAUGUGAUAAAGAGAUAUCUGAACUUAAGUUGGGAACUUGUGGAAAAUGUACACUCCAUAGAAACCGUUGUCCAGAAAAUUCAUUACCUGUUGCUUUGUUAAGUAGAAAAUGCCUCUACCAGGAUUCAUUCCUGAUGAAAUAUGGGUGUGCUCAGUACUGUAAUGUGACAAAAAAGGAGCCUGAGUGUUGCAAAGGAUUCUUUGGCUCUGAAUGCAAUCAGUGUCCUGGUGGCUUUUUGAACCCAUGCUCUGGAAAUGGCCAGUGCAUGGAUGGGAUGAAAGGAAAUGGCACUUGUAUUUGCAAGAGUGGAUUUGAACGCUCGCAGUGCCAAUUUUGUACAGAUCCCAAUAAAUAUGGACCCCAAUGUAAGAAAGAAUGUAUGUGUGUUCACGGAAAAUGUGACAACCAGAUAGACGGUGAUGGGAGUUGCCUUCCUGGAUCAUGUAAAAGUGGCUAUGCUGGAGAUCUCUGUGAUACACAGGUGAUGCCAUGUGGGCCUUUUUUCCAGCUCUGUGAUGUGCAUGCUGAUUGCAUCUUGAGCAAUGGUACCAUGAGCUGUGUUUGUAAACCUGGCUUUGAAGGAGAUGGAAUAAUUUGCAGUGAAGUUAAUCCUUGUGCUCACAUAAAUCCACAUAGCUGCAGUGCUAAUGCAGAAUGCAUCAAGACUGGUCCUGGAACUCAUGAGUGUGUAUGCCAGCCAGGAUGGACAGGAAAUGGAAGAGAUUGUUCCGAAAUAAACAAUUGCCUGCUGUCGACUUUUGGAGGGUGUCACACUAAUGCUACUUGCCAUUACGUAGGUCCAGGCCAAAAUGAUUGUGAAUGUAAGGAAGGAUUCCGGGGCAAUGGAUAUGAAUGUGAACCAAUAAACUACUGUUUGGAACAAAACUGGAAAUGCCAUCCAUUGGCAGUUUGUCAGCUCACAACUUCUGGAGUCUGGAAAUGUGUGUGUUCAAGGGGAUACGAGGGAGAUGGAAGUAUAUGCUAUGGCAACAUUAUGGAUGAAUUGACUUCUCUGUCAGGCACAGCUGGCUUUAAUGAAUGGUUUAAUACAGCUGCAAUAAGAACUCUGCUGAGAGAUAUGAGUAAUAUAACCAUCCUUGUACCUUCUCACCAAGCUAUUCAAAACUUGGAUCAAUAUACAGCUGCUUUUUGGACAUCCCAAAACAACAUUCUGUUCCUAACCAAGUGUCACAUAUUAAAUGGAAUAUACAGAGUUGAGGAUCUCCAAACCCUGUCACAAUCUAAUGGAUUUGCAAGGACAUUGCAGGACAACUUCCUAACAUUGUCGGAAAGAAACGGGAAUGUUUUAAUUGAUGGAGCUAACAUAAUAUCUGGUGAUAUUGCAGCCACAAAUGGGAUUAUUCAUAUAAUAGAUAAGGUUCUGGCACCUCUCAGAGGACUAAGUGGCUCUUUGCCAAAACUGCUUCCUCGCUUAGAACAGAUGCCAGACUACUCCAUUUUCAGGAACUAUAUCAUUCACUACAACCUGGCAAAUGUAAUAGAAGCCGCUCGUGCGUACUCGGUUUUCGCCCCAAGUAAUAAGGCCAUUGAAAGUUAUCUGAAGGAAAAACAGUCAGCAUCUCUAGAUGAAGAUCAGAUCCGGUAUCAUAUUAUCCUGGGAGAGAAGCUCUUGAAAAAUGACCUGCAUAUUGGGAUGUUCAAGACAACCAUGCUUGGAUUGUCCUUCAGAGUAGGAUUCUUCAGUCAUGAUAAUCAGCUCUACAUAAAUGAGGCACCUAUAAAUUACCCAAAUGUUGCAACAGAUAAAGGAAUAAUCCAUGGACUGGGAAGUGUAAUGGAAAUUGUAAAGAACAGAUGUGAUAUUAAUGAUACUGUGAUUGUAAAUGGAAGGUGUGUACCCUGCUCACAGAUAUCUACCUGCCCUACUGGAAGUAUAAAAAUUCCAGGCAAGAAGGGGAUCUGCUAUUAUGUCUCCGUGUAUGGAAUAGCGAUGCGCGUCGGAUGCCAGUCAAAAUGUACUAAAAGUAGAAUUACCAGAGAAUGUUGUGCAGGCUUUUAUGGUCCACAGUGUGAGUCUUGUCCAGGAUUAUCUGGGAAAAUAUGUUUUGGCAAUGGAUUUUGCUUGGAUGGCAUCAACGGCACUGGGUCUUGCCAGUGUGAAGCAGGAUUCGAUGGAGUGGCCUGUGAGCGAUGUUCUGAAGGCAAAUAUGGCACAAAUUGUGACCAAGACUGUGCCUGCAUCAAUGGGAGAUGCAACAGUGGUAUUAAAGGAGAUGGGACCUGUGAAUGUAAUGUUGGUUGGAGAGGUGUCAAAUGUGACAGCGAAAUCAGAGAUGAUAACUGCAACAAUACCUGCCAUACCAGUGCCAACUGCUUUCUUAAUCCUAUUGGUCCAACAUAUUGCAAGUGUGCAGCUGGGUUUAAAGGCAAUGGUACAUAUUGUUCGGCUAUUAAUGCAUGUGAGAACAACAAUGGGGGUUGCUCUGCCAAAGCAGAAUGUAGACGUACCACUCCAGGAAAACGAGUAUGUGCUUGCAGAACAGGUUACUCUGGCGAUGGAAUUGCCUGCUUUGAAAUUAAUCCCUGCCUGGAGAAGAAUGGAGGAUGCGCUAAAAAUGCAGAGUGCACUCACACUGGUCCCAACAAGGCAGUAUGUAACUGUUUUAAUGGCUAUUCUGGAGAUGGGAAAACAUGCACUUUCAUCAGUCCCUGUACAGUGAAUAAUGGUGGAUGUGGAGAAAAUGCCAUUUGCAAUGAUACUUUAUCCUCAGAAAGGACUUGCAUCUGUAAGCCCAAUUACAUUGGAGAUGGGUUUCUUUGCAGAGGUAGCAUUUCACUGGAACUUUCAAAGGAGUUCAAUACUACUCGGUUUGGUGGGAAGAUAAUGGAUGCUUCACUCAGAGAUAUUACAGGAACAGGCCCCUUCACUGUUUUUGCACCAACAAAUGAAGCUCUUCUAACUGAACUUCAACUCUCCAAUUGGGUUUCCAGAGGUGUGCUGCCCCAGAUUCUGCGUUAUCAUAUUGUAUCAUGUACAGGAUUGCUGUAUAAUGAUCUGACUUCAGAUAAAACUGUCAUCACACUCCAUGGAGAACCACUCAAGAUCACAUUUGCACAGAACACGGUCUUUUUGAAUGGCAAAGCAAAGAUACUGACCAGUGAUAUAAUCACCACAAAUGGAGUAAUCCAUAUCAUAGAUAAGGUCCUGGCUCCACAGAAGACUCAAGAAUUUCCUUUUGAAAAAGGAAAACCAAUAAAGGAAAACCUCAAAACUGUUGCAGCAAACAAUGAACACAUCAUGUUCUACAACCUGAUAGAAAAGUCAGGAUUGAUAAAUCUUAUUAAUGAUCCUCUUCAUCAGCCAGUCACUUUGUUUUGGCCCACGGAUAAAGUAAUCAGGGCUCUGCCAAAGGAACAGCAAGAUGAACUAUUCAAAAUGUCAAACAAAGAGAAACUAUUACAGUACUUAAAAUUCCAUGUUAUUGGGAAUGCUAAGAUUUUAGCUUAUGCCCUCCCAAGCUCAGAUUCACUGAAAACACUUCAAGGUUCAGAUCUUAGUGUGAAAUGUGGUGAUGAUGACACCAAUACUGGUGAAUUGUUCCUUAAUGAAAGGAGAUGCAAGAUAAUACAAAGGCAUCUAGAAUUUGAUGGUGGCAUUGCUUAUGGGAUUGAUUGCAUGUUAACUGAUCCCAUCCUUGGUGGUCGUUGUGACACUUUUAUGACAACUGAAUUUCCGGGAGAUUGUGUCAAUUGUUUCAGGAAUUAUCAGUGUCCUGGUGGAAGUAAAAUAACGGGAGACAAGCAGCAAUGUGAAUAUACCAUCGGUCACAGGACCCUGUCGGGCUGUCGGAAAAGUUGCUCUUUGGCAAUGAGGAUACCACAGUGCUGUAAAGGAUACUUUGGAAAUAAAUGCCAAGCUUGCCCAGGAGGCCCAGAAGCUCCUUGCAAUAACCAUGGAUAUUGUGAUGAAGGUUAUGCUGGUACAGGAGAAUGUGUUUGUAAUGCUGGCUUCAAUGGGACUUCAUGUGAGCUCUGUAUGCCAGGAAGAUAUGGCUUGGAAUGCAGAACAUGCGAUUGUACAGCACAUGGACAGUGUGAUGAAGGGAUUUCUGGAUCAGGACAUUGUUUCUGUGAAACUGGAUGGACUGGACGGCUCUGUGAAACGGAAUUAGCUUCAACCCCAGUAUGCUCACCCAGCUGUUCUGUCAAUGCAGUAUGUAGUGAUGAUGGUACUUGCCAGUGUAAGCCUUAUUAUACUGGGGAUGGACUUACAUGUACAGCUGAGAAGCUUUGUAAAAAAAGCAACGGUGGAUGUCACAAGAAUGCAAAAUGUGUACAAACUGAUGUGAAAGUCAACUGUACAUGUCAGAAAGGAUACCAGGGAGAUGGAUAUACCUGCAUGGCUAUCAAUCCUUGUACUGAUGGAUUCAAUGGGGGAUGUCAUGAACAUGCUCUCUGUACAAUGACAGGGCCAGAUAAGCGUAAAUGUGAAUGUAAAGAAAACUACAUUGGGGAUGGAAUUGAUUGUGAAGUAAGUCAACUGCCAAUAGACCGGUGUUUACAGAACAAUGGACAGUGCCAUGCAGAUGCUAAAUGUACCGACCUCCAUUUCCAGGAUGCUACAGUUGGUGUUUUUCACAUACGCUCUGCAAAGGGGCAAUAUAAAUUGACUUUUGCUGACGCAAAUAAGACUUGUGAAGAUGAAAGUGCUACCGUAGCUACCUACACUCAGCUCUUAUAUGCUCAGAAGGCCAAAUAUCAUCUGUGUGCUGCUGGUUGGCUGGCUAAUGGAAGAGUCGCAUAUCCAACAGCUUUCUCUGCCCCAAAAUGUGGUGGAGGAGUUGUUGGCAUUAUUGAUUAUGGCAUCAGAGUCAACAUGACUGAAACCUGGGAUGUUUUCUGUUACAGAGUCAAAGAUGUCAAUUGCACUUGUAAGACUGGUUAUGUGGGAGAUGGAUUUACAUGCAGUGGAAACUUGCUUCAAGUCCUCUUUACUUUCCCAACAUUUGCAAACUUUCGCUCAAAGAUUUUCACUUAUUCAAAUACCUCAAGGAAAGGCCAAGAGUUCAUGAAAUACCUCACAAAUCUCUCCAUUAAAGCAACCUUGUUUGUACCAAACAAUGAUGGCUUGAGGAAGAAUGAGACACUCUCUGGAAGAGACAUUGAAUAUCAUCUAACCAAGAACAGCACAUAUUAUGAAGAUAUGGUCAAUGGAACAACUCUCCAAAGCAGAAUAGGGGAAAGCCUGUUAAUUACGCACCAAGAAGAAAACCAGGAGCAGAUUUCACUCACUAAAAAGAUGACUACCAAGUAUGUAAAUGGUAAAGCUAUCCGUGAGUGGGACAUUAUUGCCUCCAAUGGGGUCAUCCAUGUUAUUGAAGCAUCACUAAAGGCACCUCCUGCAAGCUAUGCUUCUCUACAUCCUGGAGCUGGUACAGGAAUAUUCUUUGCAAUCAUUCUGGUCAUCGGAAUCAUUGCUUUCGUUGGAUAUUCAUACUUCAGAUUUAAGAAUAGAACCAUUCAAUUCCAGCUUUUCAGGGAAAAAGAUGAUAUUGAUGUAACUACACUGGACAAAGCACCAUCAACCAACAUCUCUAAUCCCAAUUAUGAAAGCUCAUCAGCUCCUCCACCAGAUCCUCCUUAUGAUCCAUUUUUGGUUUCCGAUGAGCAGCAGUUGGUGAGCAGUGAUUCCCACAAUGAUUUCUAAUAAUUAUUUCUUCUUCACCGGAGAAAUAGUUUUCCUACUGGAUAAUGAAGAUACAAGGCAACACAUCUGGUUCAGGGAAGGGCCACUGAAGAACAUAAUUCCUAAGAAAACUGAAUGUUGUUUAAUUUCUUUAGGAAGUAAUUCUGUCAUUUUAGUUAGGCAGAUCCUAAUAUCACUCUUUUCGUUUUUGCUCUCUUCCAUGUAUUCCAGAAAUAAUUAAUAUUACAAAAUAGCACUUCAUUUUGUAAAAGACUGAGGUAUAGCUAUGCUGUUUGGGUUGCUACGAACAUGUCAUUAAAGGAAUGUUGAUAUUC